AUGAUUAAGCUCACCUCCAGUGAGUUUGCAGCAGCUGCAUCUGCUAUCUUAAAAGAACUUAUGCAGUACAUUAUGGAAAGAAUUAUGGAGGAAAAUAACUUGGCAGAGGUUUUAGAUGCUAAAGUAGUUUAUGAAGAAGAAGAAGUUUCUGAAGAUCAUGAGAUUGGCUUGGAGGAGCUAGAACAAGCACCUCCUUGGAUAGAUGAUGAAGCCAUCAAUGUUAGAGAGGAGUUAGAAGAAGUGAAUCUUGGAACCUCUGAGGAACCUCAGGAAUACAAGGAUUGCUUUGCAUGGAAAUAUUCUGAUAUGCCGGGGUUAAGCAGGACAUUGGUAGAACAUCGGCUUCCUAUUAAGCCCGAGUUUCAGCCAUACCGCCAACCGCCAACCUCCAAGAAGAGUGUCAAAAGAAUGGUUAAAAAGAACGGAAAACUUAGAAUAUGCAUAGACUUUAGGGACAUAAAUAAAGCAACUCCUAAAGAUAUUUGUGCCAUGCCAAUUGCUGACACUCUUAUUGAUGCUACAGCUAAUCAUUCUCUUUUGUCUUUUAUGGAUUGUUUUGCUGGAUAUAACCAGAUUAUGGUGGCUAAAGAAGACAUCUCCAAAACGGCAUUUAGAUGUCUAGGAUCUAUUGGGACAUUUGAAUGGGUGGUCAUGCCGUUUGGUUUACGUAAUGCUGGUGCAACAUAUCAGAGGGCUAUGAAUGCCAUCUUCCACGACCUCUUAGGUAAAACUAUGGAGGUUUAUAUUGAUGAUGUUGUUGUAAAAUCAAAACUAGUAAAAUAUCAUUUGAAAAAUCUAGAGGAGGCAUUUAAGAGGAUGAGAGUUCACUGUUUAAAACUCAAUCCUCUGAAAUGCGCCUUUAGGGUAAAAGCUGGAAAUAUUUUGGGGUUUUUGGUCCAUGAAAGAGGCAUUGAAGUGGACCAAAACAAAACCAAAGCUAUUCGAGAAGCUAAACCGCCUAGAAAUAAAACAGAACUUCAGAGGUUUCUUGGGCAGCCUCCUGUAUUGAUGCCUCCCAAAAAGGGUAUACCUCUGAGGUUGUACAUUUCAGCAGCUGAAGGUUCAAUUGGGUGUCUGCUAGCCCAGAGCAACCAAGAUGGACAUGAACAGGCUAUUUAUUAUUUGAGCCGUUCGAUGACAUCUACAGAGGUUAGAUACACUCUUAUCAUGAAAUUGUGUCUGGCUUUGUUUUUUGCCUGCACUAAGUUAAGACACUAUCUGCUUAGUAAUAGAGUUUAUGUGGUGUCUCAAACCGAUUUGAUGAAAUAUAUGCUAAACAAACCUGUUUUAUCUGGCAAUAUUGGGAAGUGGUUAUUCAGUUUGGCAGACUUUCAUCUGAUUUAUCAUCCCCAGAAAUCAGUCAAAGGUCAGGCUCUAGCAGAUUUCCUAGCCGACCAUCCAUGUAUAAACCUAGGAGAUGAAAGUAAAUUUGACUUGCCGGUUUUUAUGAAUGAACAUAGACCUUGGAUGCUUAAAUUUGAUGGGUCUAGUACAGAUAGGUCUGCUGGUGCUGGAAUCAUAAUAGUGUCACCUUCUUGUCUUUUAAUCUUGACUUUGAAUUUAAUAGAGAGUUUUGAAGAGGUUGAAUUGGUGCAUGUUCCUAGAGAGGAAAAUUGGAAUGCCGAUGAAUUAUCACAGCUAGCAUCUGGCCUACGUCUGUCGGAGGAGUUAACCCACCGACUAGUAAUGGUACAAAGAAAAACUCACCCUUCAAUUUUUAAAAGAGGAGUACAGCUAGAUAUUUUCAAUAUUGAUGAUAACUUAGUACAGGAUUGGAGGAGAGACAUUAAAAAGUACUUGGAGAAUCCUAGCAAGAAGAUGAUGUAUAAAGUAAGAGUGAGAGCUGUUAACUAUGUGCUCAUAGAAGAUGUUUUAUACAGAAGAGGAUUCGACAACCUAUUGCUAAAAUGCCUUGGAACUACAGAGGCACUAAAGGUCAUGAAACAAACUCAUGAAGGAGUUUGUGGAGCACAUCAAUCUGGAGUGAAAAUGAGAUGGCUGAUCCGAAGGCAUGGUUACUUCUGGCCAUCUAUCCUUAAAGAUUGCAUGACUUUUGCAAAGGGUUGUCAAUCGUGCCAAAGGUAUGGAAACAUACAAAGACUUCCAGCUGCUGAGUUGAAGUGUGUCAUCAAACCAUGGCCAUUCAGAGGUUGGGCCGUAGAUUUGAUAGGUAAAAUAUAUCCUCCGUCUUGUAAAAAUCACAGUUUCAUAAUUGUAGCUACUGAUUAUUUUACCAAAUGGGUAGUCGCUAAGCCAUUGGUAAAAGCAGAGCAAAAAGAUGUGAGUAAAUUUAUUAAAGAGGAAAUCAUCCAUCAAUUUGGAAUUCCACAAUCAGCCAGUGGCCAAGCUGAAUCUUCUAAUAAGAUUAUCAUCAACAUAGUUCAAAAGAUGUUGGAAGAAAAUCCAAGGGAUUGGCAUCGAAUUUUAUUAGAAGCACUCUGGGCAUAUUGCAUCUCUAGGCGAAAUGCUACUGGAGUAAGUCCAUUUAUGCUAACCUAUGGUCAUGAUGCAAUGUUACCCAUGGAGGUGGUGAUGAGGUCGUUGAGAGUAGCUAAGCAGAAUCAUUUGACUCCAGAAGAUUACAAUGAAACCAUGAUGAUGGAGUUAGAAAAUUUAGAAGAAGGGAGACUUCAGGCUUUAAGCAAUAUGAUUAUACAGAAGAAGAAAGUCUCCAAAAGCUACAACAAGAAAGUUAGACCUAAGACAUUUCAUGAGGAUGAGCUAGUAUGGAAGUUGAUCUUACCCCUUGGUACUACAGACAGAGAAUAUGGGAAAUGGUCUACUAAUUGGGAAGGGCCAUUCUUAGUCCACAAGGUGAUGAAGGGGAAUGCAUACUGGCUAUCAAGUCUAGAGGGUGAGCCUCAUAAAAAAUUUAUUAAUGGAAAGUACUUGAAGAAAUACACUCCCACCAUCUGGUAG